AAUUUUCACCUUUCCUCCCUAACAGUAGCAGCACCAUGGUGCUUGGAGACGCCCUGGAUCCGGUGGCUCCAGUAGCUUCUACCUUCACUCUGCUUCAGACUGUCCAGCUGCUCGCCUCGACAAUGAACUACACCAGGCAGAGAGGACCCGACAGUGCCAGUGUUACUAACGGGUCCACCUUCGACAUCAUAAUCGUGGGCGGUGGCACGGCGGGGCUGGUGGUGGCGAACAGACUCUCAGAGGUGCAGGACUGGAGAGUGCUGGUGGUGGAGGCCGGAGACGACCCGUCGCUGGUUUCUGGGAUCCCCGGUCUGUUUCCCUUCCUCAUCCGGAGUGGCGAGGACUGGGGGUUCCAGAACGUGUACGAACCGGAAUACGCACAAGGACUCAACAAUAACACCUCUUAUUUACCGGCUGGGAAAUGUCUGGGGGGCAGUUCUAGUAUCCACGACCUGUUGUACGAAAGAGGCAACCCAGAUGACUACAACGAAUGGGCAGCUCUCGGCAACCCAGGCUGGGAUUGGGACAACUGCCUCUAUUAUUUCAAGAAACUAGAAGGAGUCGUCGACCAGAGAAUCCUUGAAAGACCCACGGCUACAAAUCACUGCACCAACGGCCCUUGGAAUAUCCAGGCCCAAAAAGUCAAUAGUCAGUUUGAACAAAUUAACUCGAUUCUUCUAAGCGCCUUCAGAGACAUUGGUUCUCCUACACUCUCUGACCUUAUUCAACUACCUCAAAACGGCACUGCCGUUCCUGACUUUACUAUCACUGCCGAAGAAAGAUUAAGAGCCAGUACUUUCCAAAGCUAUUUGAUACCAAUUAAAGAUCGGCCAAACCUAUCUGUUCUGAAAAAUGCCUUCGUCACACAAAUCAUUAUUGUAGACAACAUUGCAGUGGGAGUAAAAGUAGUUCUUGAUUCUGGCGAAGUCAUAAUCAUAAAUGCAAAUAUUGAAGUUAUAAUAAGUGCCGGAGUUUACAAUACGCCAAAACUACUUCAGCUUUCUGGGAUUGGACCACGGGAACACCUGGAAAGGCUCAACAUUACAGUAAAGGCUAAUUUGCCUGUAGGUUCUAAUCUGACAGAUCACGGGUUUGCGCCUUUGGUCAUAACAGGCAAUGACAAUGCUCUGACUGCUGCCGAAACAGUCCUGUCUCUUAUUGAUUUAACCUCUUUCCCUCUGCCAAUAGUAUGCGGAGCUUUUUAUUUUUCAGAAGAAGGCACUGUACCAGAUAUCCAACACAUAACAUCGGCAGGAGGUGCCGCUUCCCCACUAUUCCUGUAUUUAUUUAAUGUUAAAUUCAAUUACAACUUAAAGGUUACGCUUUCAUUCAUUAACGCUACUAAAGACCGACAAUUAAUAUACUCACUUGUACAGCUGAUGAAGCCAGAUUCCACCGGAUAUGUCAAGAUAAGGAGCACAGAUCCUUUUGACGACCCGAUUAUAUCUCAUAAUUAUCUCAAAACAGGCGAUGAUUUGAUGAAGCUUACGGCUGGGUUGAAGAAAAUAGCAGAAUUGAGAAAUGCGCCAUAUUUUAGUAGGACUGACUCAAAGGUAGUCACACCAGAUUUGGAUGAAUGCAGAGCGUUCGAGAAAGGAACUGAUGAGUAUUGGGUGUGCUAUGUGAAACAAUUAGCGAGUACGACUUACCACGCGGUCGGCACUUGUAGAAUGGCUCCACUAAGUAAUGGCGGCGUAGUAGACAGCAGCCUGAAGGUCUACCACCUGUCCCGUCUCCGGGUUGUAGACGCCAGUGUCUUCCCGACGCAGCCGUGCAGCAAGACCUGCGCCCCCGUUGUGAUGGUGGCUGAGAAGGCAGCUGAUAUCAUCAAACUGGAUCACGGGAAGAGGGUCGAUGAGUUCGUCUGUUCACAAACAUUGGAUUAACGUGUUCACAGUAGCCAAACUGUUAGCCCGUUUACAGUGAAAAAUGUUGUGAGCGCAAAGCUAGCAAACAACACUCGGCAUACUAAACCGACACGCUGCUAACUUAAUCGGCAGCAAACAGCUUUCUUACUGGGCAUUCAGUUUAGAUGUUGUAUACCUACUGUGUUAAAAAAAUAUGCAAUCUUUUGCCUGUUCCAAAGUUGGCGUUGCAUUUUAAAACUUAUUUUUCAGCUCGUGCUAAUGUCACAUAACAUCAUAAAAAAAUAAUAUAAUUAUAAACAAAAGA